AUGCUGACAAGUGGCGCUGAUGGUCCGAACGGCGCAUUUUCUCUCUCUCUCUCUGUUUCUCUCUCUGUUUCCGACCUCUCUCGACCAGUGAACAUGGCGUCGCCGACCAAGGAGCAAGUGGAUCAGGUGGAAGCCGACUUCAAGCAAGUGCAGGACGAGAUUUGCGCCUUUCUCGCCAGCGCCGGGGCCAAGGCCUUUCGCGAGGAUGCUUGGGAUUAUCACAAGGGCGUCGGCGGUGGCCGCACCCGCGUGUGGGAGGUUGAACGUGUUCAGGCCGACAAUACGCUACAGCCCGACCCCACCAACAUGCCCAUCUGGGAGAAGGGGGCUUGCAACUUUAGCGGCAUCCAAGGCAGCGACCUGCCUCCCUCGGCCGUUCAGGCCUGGAAGUUGCCUGAAAACUGCCCCUACCGGGCCACCGGCGUUUCCCUUAUUAUCCACCCAUCCAACCCGUGGGUGCCGACCAUUCACAUGAACAUCCGCUUUUUCAUCUGCGGAGAUCGCUGGUGGUUUGGUGGUGGCGUGGACCUCACCCCCUACUACCCCAUUUUGAGCCAGGUGGUGGAAUUCCAUCGCCUGCUCCGUGAGCUCUGCGAAGAGCAUGGCGUGUCCUACGACACGCUGAAGCAGCGCUGCGACGAGUACUUUUGGCUCGCCCACCGCAACGAGUCACGCGGUAUCGGUGGUCUCUUCUGGGACAGCAUGUCCGAUGACUUUGAAAAGAACAAGGCAUUUGCCAUCGGCCUGGGCCGGCUCUUCAUCAAGCUCUACGGCCUCUUUGUGGAAAACCAACGCCUCCCUUACACCCAAGCCCAGCGCGAGUUUCAGCUCUACCGUCGAGGCCGCUACGUCGAGUUUAACCUCAUUUACGAUCGUGGUACCCAGUUUGGCCUCAAGUCCAACGGCCGCACAGAGUCCAUCCUCGUGUCCCUCCCCGCAACUGUCCACUACCAAUACGACUACACUCCGCGACCGGGUACACCCGAGGGCUACCUCUACGCCCAUUUCCUCAAGUUUCAAGACUGGCUCAACCUCGAUCAGGCCGACCAAGAGGCCAUGUCCCCGCCUCCCAACUACUGCCCCGCCCCCGCUGCUUCCAUCCAGACCCGGCCAAGCUCUGGCGCCAAGUGCCCCUUUAGCACGUGCCCCUGCCCCUGCCCCUGUGCCAGCGCCGCUGGCAGCAAUCGCUUUGGCUGCCAUGCCCGCAUUGCUUCCCACGCCAUCACAGCCGGCGUCGUCCUUGCCCUGGGUGCCGCCUUCUAUCACAAAUUUCUCCGCCAAUAG